AACCAAGCCGCCCGAUUCGAUAUCUCCUCUGAUUGCUGGAUUUCCGUAUUCGCCUCCGAUGGAAAUAGAUUCGUCUCCGAUUGGUAAAUGCUCCAAGGAGCACGAGAAGAUCUACCAGGAAUGGUUCAACUUCGCUGAUUCAGAUUCCGACGGGCGCAUUACGGGAAACGACGCCAUCAAGUUCUUUGCUAUGUCCAACUUGCCUAAACAUGAUCUCAAGCAGAUAUGGGCAAUUGCAGAUUCCAAACGACAAGGUUUUCUUGGUUUUAAAGAGUUCAUUGCAGCCAUGCAGUUAGUUUCUUUGACUCAAAGUGGACAUGUGCUGACUAAUGAAAUCUUACAUGGCGAUGUUGACUUGGAAAAUUUAAAUCCCCCAACUAUGGAAGGUUUGGAUGCAUUACUUGCUAAGAAAAAGCAUACACCCAAGUCAAGCGAGGCUGAACUAAAUGGUAGUUCUGUAUUGCAACAAUCUCCAUCAGCUCAAUGGUUUACUUCUUUGAAGUCUGCAAAGAAGGUACCGUUGUCCUCUGUGACAUCAAUUGUUGAUGGCUUGAAGAAGUUGUAUGUACAGAAAUUGAAGCCAUUGGAGGUUACAUAUCAUUUCAAUGAUUUUGUGUCCCCUUUACUGACAAACAGUGAUUUUGAUGCCAAACCUAUGGUUAUGCUGCUGGGUCAAUACUCCACUGGGAAAACAACAUUUAUUCAACAUUUACUUAAGAGUAGUUACCCAGGAGCUCAUAUUGGACCUGAGCCUACGACAGAUCGAUUUGUCGUUGUCAUGAAUGGACCUGAUGAAAGAAGUAUUCCAGGGAAUACUAUUGCUGUUCAAGCAGAUAUGCCAUUCAGUGGUCUGACAACUUUUGGAACUGCAUUUCUGUCAAAAUUUGAGUGUUCCCAGAUGCCACACCCACUGCUGGAGCACAUCUCAUUGGUUGAUACUCCUGGAGUUUUAUCCGGUGAGAAGCAACGGACACAGAGGAGCUAUGAUUUUACUGGUGUGACAUCUUGGUUUGCUGCAAAGUGCGACCUCAUUCUACUUCUUUUUGAUCCACAUAAACUUGAUAUCAGUGAUGAAUUCAGACGUGUGAUUUAUUCUUUACGGGGUCAUGAUGACAAGAUCCGUGUAGUUUUGAACAAGGCAGAUCAAAUUGAUACUCAACAACUGAUGAGGGUCUAUGGAGCACUGAUGUGGUCACUUGGGAAAGUACUCAAUACUCCUGAGGUUGUGCGUGUUUAUAUUGGCUCAUUCAAUGACAAACCUGUAAAUGAGGCUGCUGUGGGUCCAAUUGGCAAAGACCUUUUCGAGAAAGAACAGGAUGAUCUUCUGUCGGAUCUGAAGGACAUACCAAAGAAGGCCUGUGAUUCUCGUAUCAAUGAAUUUGUGAAACGGGCUAGAGCUGCCAAGAUCCAUGCUUACAUCAUCAGUCAUCUCAAGAAAGAGAUGCCUGCCAUGAUUGGCAAAGCUAAAACUCAACAGAGACUCAUUGAUAAUUUAGCAGAUGAGUUUGUAAAGGUCCAAAGGGAGUUCCAUUUACCGGCGGGAGACUUCCCGAACAUCGAGCAAUUCAAGGAGACCUUGAACGGCUACAACAUCGACAAGUUUGAGAAGCUGAAGCCUAAAAUGAUACAAGCUGUUGAUGAUAUGCUGGGUUAUGACAUCCCAGAACUACUGAAGAGUUUCCGAAAUCCCUACGACUAAGGGCUUCAGCUGCCUCAUAGAUGACACCUGUCUAUAGAGAAGAAGUUGAAAUUGGUGCAAUAGUACUGUUCAUGCAUCAAUCAGUGUAUUCUAAACUUGUGCUUUCAUUUUCUUUAAAUAUUUCAAUAAUUUAUGGAAUGCAUAGCUUAGGGCAUCUCUCGGUGUAUCAAGAGUCAAUAGUCAAAUAGAUAUCACAUAUUUGUGGAAACAGCAGCAGCCAUUCUCAUUUGUAUAUAUAUAUAUAUAUAUGGCAACAGUCGUACUAGUAUUAUUA